GACCCGGCGUGACAGAGUAACAACAAGGAAGGCUUGAUGGACCCCUUUUCCCGCGCGUCGCGCUUGUCCUCUCUAGGCUACCCUAUACCCGACCAACCCCCUGCGCGCUAUCUUUACAUCGCCCUCACGCCGGCAUUCUCCGCCUCUGCGCCCUCGACAAAACAGGGUGCCCCCACGGAGCACUCAAAACCUCCUUUCCCGCCAGGAUCGCCGAUGACGACCAUCAACGCAGAUUCGCCCGGCACAGGGGGAAUAUAAAAACUGGCAGGUUUUCAUUUUGCCUCUCUACCUUCUCCCCAAAGCCAUCCCCUGAACCAAUCCUUUGCCCACCGACUAUCGCCACUCACCAACAUGCCCGCCAAGCUUACUCCCAAGUCCGACAUUUACAGCGCAUUCGAAGCCGAGAUGGAAGUGAUGGAGCGCGUAGGCGCCAUUGUGCAAGCAAGGGAAGAAAAGUCAUUUGUGGAGCAACAAGUCGCGAGAGCGUCUGCUCCAGGAGAUGACUGGGCCACUCAGUGUGAGAACGCCCAUCGCUUUGUGGUCGAUACGGCGAGAAAGUUGUUUGAUGAUGUUGGCGUGAUGUGUGAUAGAAAUAUCGCAAUACUCAAACACCGCUCAUCCCGACGCCAAUCCGAGUUCACCGACACAAGCAAAGGGAUCAGCGUCACUUUGACGCGAUCUCGGGACAAAGUCACCACCGUCGCUAAGAUGCCAAGCACGAAGGCGGAUGAUUCCCGGCGGCUGGUCCUGACCGCCAAGAUCUUGAUGGUGAUGUAUGCGAGUAUCUCCAAGGAUAGAACGAUUUCUAUGAGAGGCUCCCACUACUACACAAAGCAUGUGUGCGGCGACUACCGACAUUCGAGCAGCAUGGCUUAUGACAUUGCCGAAACUGCGGGACUCCCCCUCGAAGCUUUCGGGAUAAUUCCGGAGGCUAGAGGAAAUUUAAUAUGCCGUCACCCGGUCACUAUCGCGAGGGAAACGGGCUCUGAUUUACAUUUCGAGCCCUUUCAGGCCAUCCACUUCGAUACCAAGUGGUUCCCCACGGCCAUCGAAAUCCACGGCAACAUAGAGAAGUUGUUGUACACGGAGAAGAUAGCCUCGAUGGAGAAGCUGAACGAUUUGGGUAUCCUGACGCAGGAGCGGGUGGAGGUGACAGUUCUCAUGGCUAGCCAUGGUCGACUCGACCGUGCUACUGUCAGGCUCUUGCAUCUGCUGGCCGACGCCUACCCCGCCAUGCAGAUGAACGCCCUCUUCGACGGAGACCCAUACGGCGUGUCAAUGAUGGCCAACCUCUGGGAUGGGAGUUCUCGUUUUCCGCUCCAGUCGUCGAGGAGCCUGAGGAGGCGAGUCCGAUGGCUGGGGCUUAGGCUCUCCCAGAUGGAGGAAAUGAUCGCUGAAGGGGAGAACGCCCAAUUCUUGCUCCCCCUCGGGGAGGGCGAUUGGAACCAACUGUCUGCGAUGAGGAGGCGUGGGGCGGAUUGGGAGAUCGAGGAGGAGCUGUGUUUAUUGGAGGCAAGGGGAGAGAAGUUGGAGAUAGAGACUGUAUACCAUUUCGAGGGACAUGUGGGGGGUGUGAAGGUGUUUUUCGAAGAUUAUGACUUCGCUUUUAUACUUCACGAAAUGUCCAAAUAGAGACGGAUGUAUG